CCAGACGCUCAGAACUUUUUCUUCACCUUCACGUUUUCUUCUCUCUGCUAAUUUCCUACGAGUUUUUCCUCCAAUCUUUGCUGCAAUGGCGUCCUCCAACUCCGACGAAGGCCAUGGCGGCGACUUCUACCGCGCCGCUCCGUACAGAGCCAGAGAGGGGCUAAUCACCAGGCGACAGGGAAAUAAUUCUGGUGAAAUACAGCUGGAAAUUAAUGAUUUAGAGCAAGGAGCCUUGGAUUAUGGAGUCACUGAUCUUCGCGGUCAAGUUCGAAAACUGAGAAAUGUGUCAUAUGAGAUCGAGGCUGAGGCAAAAUAUCAUCGUAACUUGGUCAAAGUGCUGAAACUGCCACUAGUCAGAGCUCAGGCAGCCUUGAAGAAUAACUCGAGGAGAUUGAACCAGAGAAUUGUCCGAGAUGGCUCAGAUCAUGUUAAGCAUGUGAUCCUUUUUGCAGUCGUUUGCAUCUUUGUGCUGUAUUUCUGGUCCAAGUUUUCAGGAAUAUGGAAAUGAGCAAUUCUUGCGCUGCUAGGUUUUUCUGACUGCCUGAAGGAUAUUCUAGACUUUGGAAACUAAACUAUCGUUUUCUAUGGCCUCCAUAGUUCAUCACUGGCUUACUGGAGGAGCAUGUGAAUAAUUUUUACUGGACAUACGACUUUCUCUCUCUUAUGAGAGCAAAAACCAUGUCAAUGGUGGCUGCAAUUCUCCUUGUAGAUGUGUAUUGAGACCGCGUUUAGUUAGAAAAUUGAGAACGUAAAGUGUUUUGAUAUGAAGAUGUUUUCAUGGUGA